AUGGCGGCGGGAGGCGACCAUGGCGGGCCUGACAGCUACCGCUCCCCACUUGCUUCCCGCUACGCCAGCCCCGAGAUGUGCUGGUUUAGCGACAGGUACAAAUUCCGGACGUGGCGGCAACUCUGGCUGGGGCUGGCGGAGGCACAGCAGACAUUAGGUUUGCCUAUAACAGAUGAACAAACAGAGAUGAAAUCAAACUUGGACAACAUCGACUUCAAGAUGGCAGCUGAAGGAAAACAUUUGCGGCAUGAUGUAUGGCUCAUGUGCAUACGUUUGGGCUACUGUUGUCCAAAAGCUGCAGGCAUUAUUCACCUGGGUGCCACCUCCUGCUAUGUUGGAGACAACACAGACCUGAUUAUUCUUAGAAAUGCUUUUGACCUGAUUUUGCCCAAAGGUAAGAGAUGGGCAGAUCUUGCCAGAGUGAUUUCUCGGCUUGCCUGUUUUGCUAAGGAACAUGCCGAUCUACCCACCUUAGGUUUCACACAUUUCCAGCCUGCUCAGCUAACCACCGUUGGAAAACGUUGCUGUCUUUGGAUUCAAGAUCUUUGCAUGGAUCUCCACAACUGGAAGCGUGUCCGUGAUGACCUGCGCUUUCGUGGAGUAAAGGGCACCACUGGCACUCAGGCUAGCUUCUUGCAGCUCUUUGAGGGAGAUCACCAAAAGGUGGAGCAGCUGGACAAGAUGGUGACAGAAAAGGCAGGGUUUAAGAGGGCAUUUAUCAUCACAGGGCAGACGUACACACGAAAAGUAGACAUCGAGGUGCUGUCUGUGCUCUCUGGCUUGGGGGCAUCAGUGCACAAGAUUUGCACCGAUAUACGCCUCCUGGCAAAUCUCAAGGAGAUGGAGGAGCCCUUUGAAAAACAGCAGAUUGGCUCAAGUGCAAUGCCAUACAAGCGGAACCCCAUGCGCUCAGAACGUUGUUGCAGCCUUGCCCGUCACCUGAUGACCCUUGUCAUGGAUCCACUGCAGACAGCUUCUGUGCAGUGGUUUGAACGCACACUGGAUGAUAGUGCCAACCGACGCAUCUGUUUGGCGGAGGCAUUUCUCACUGCAGAUACUAUAUUGAACACGCUACAAAACAUUUCUGAAGGACUGGUGGUGUACCCCAAAGUCAUUGAACGGCGCAUUAGGCAGGAGCUGCCUUUCAUGGCUACAGAGAAUAUUAUCAUGGCCAUGGUUAAAGCUGGGGGUAGCCGCCAGGAUUGCCAUGAGAAAAUCAGAGUGCUUUCCCAGCAAGCAGCUGCUGUUGUUAAGCAGGAAGGGGGUGACAAUGACCUUAUAGAACGUAUCCAGUCUGAUGCCUACUUCAGUCCCAUUCACUCCCAGUUGGAGCAUUUACUGGAUCCUUCUUCUUUCACUGGUCGUGCCCCGCAGCAGGUACAGAGAUUCUUAGAAGAGGAGGUAUAUCCCCUGUUAAAACCAUAUGAAAAUGUGAUGAAUGUGAAAGCAGAAUUAUGUCUCUAGAGUUGGAAAAGAAUUAAAUGAAAAAAUCAUU